AUGGUCACUGCUCUCCUCAGGGACCAGGACAAGGUGCUGCCGCUUGCCCCAGUGUUUCCCGUGGGAUAUGUACAGGCAAGCUUUGUCAUCACCCCGGGAAACGGGAUGCUGCCCCGCGGCCCAGAGAGGGAGGCCCAUGGGCUGGCUCUGCUGUCUUUGGCAGUUAUUCCUCUUCUGGAUUCUGCUUUCACCCCUCCAGCAGCUCCCCACAGACUGACGCUGGAGCUCGAUUUGAUUUUCUUGGCUAGACCUGUCAUUUUAAGCUCUGGUCGUAGCACUUUUCAAAGCAUCCUGGGCACCACCACUGCCCAGCUGGGGCAGCUGCAUCCCAGUGGGGGUCCUGAGCCCAGGACCUUUGUUUAA